AUGUCACCAUCUACAUCACCGACACAGGAGCUGUCAAUAUACGACAAGCAUGAACAACAGAUCUCUUCAAAAAUCAAUGACCUACGUCACAUACUCCAAACGAAAUUCCACAUUACUUUGAAUGAGUUUCUUUUCCUAUCGUCAUUCAUAUUCAACUUCUUACUAUCGCGAUUGAUCCAUUAUUCAUCACCCCAGGAAGAAGUGUACAACUAUUACAACAAUAAACAUAACUUUUUCAAUACAGUGUUUGUCAAACGCGGAUGGGGAUGGACCACUUUUGUUCUUAUUGUAUUUUAUGCCGUCAUUAUCAUUCCCAAAUUAUUGGCCAGAAGUAAUAGCUCCAACACCCAACGAGAAAAGAGAGUCGAAUUCUUAUUUAAAGCAGUGGUGAGGUAUGUAUUAGUUACAUUCUGGUGGAUCUUGUUUACUCAAUGGUGUUUUGGAUUACCGAUAAUGGACAAGAUCUUUGUCCUUACCGGAGGUGUUUGUACUCUUGAACCCAACCCAGCAACUGCUCAAACAACACCACCUCCAACUAUAGCCAACCACCAAUUAGGCCAACAUUUUAUCCAAGAUUUAGAGACGUUGGUGUGGAAAAGCAAUCAUGUGUCUUCGUACCAUUGUCGCAAAUUCAAAGGAUCGUGGAUGGGAGGGUACGAUCCCAGUGGACAUGUAUUUUUAAUGAUUCAUUCGUCGAUUUAUUUAUAUUUCGAAACUGCUGCUUGGUUCAAUUGGGACGAAUUAAGCGCUUUUGUGCGCCAGUUGAAACAAAAUAUAAUUGAACCAAGAUCUUUGCUAGUCAAUAGGAAUCAGUUUUUGCGAGGAUUAGCUCAAGUUGUGUUGAUUGGAUUGGUUGCAUUGUGGUGGUUUAUGUUGCUAAUGACUAAUGUUUAUUUCCAUUCUAUUGUUGAGAAAUUGUCGGGUUUGGCAUUUGGAUAUUUCGGCGUCCUUGUCGUUUAUGUGUUGCCGAGGUGGUUUGUAAAUUGA